UUUUCUUUGAUACAUUGACGAGUGACGUUGUGUUCUUGACCUAAAUUCUAAAGGUCGUUCUCUACGACCAGCAUAAAGUGACUGGCCCAUUGUUCGCUAGCAUUGUCAUACGUAAGAAGAAUGUGGUAAAGUACCUAAAUGGUAGUCUCUAAAUUAUAUCACUGUAAGUGCGAAGGAGUGUUCAAGUGCACAUUCUGAAAUAACGUUCGGCGGUUUGAAUGAAAAGUAUGAUUUUGAAUGAAUGAAAAGUAUAAUUUUGUAAGGAGGUCAUUCAAAAAACAAUUAAACGAUUAAAAUAAAUGCCUUACAUUCAGCAAGCACUUAACGAAUUAAAAAACGUUCGGCGGUGUUUCAGCGGCUGGUCCAGCCCACGAAGACAAUGACGAGAAAUAUGGAGCAGAGUACCCGGUCUGCUCUCCACAUUGCCUUCAGUGUCGUCGGACUUAUCAGCUUUUUGCUGGUCCUGUUCUUCAACGGGAGCACCAACAGCCCCGACCUCGGCAUAUUUAGCCAGCCGACGGGGAACGUCUCGGACAAGUUCAACACCUACAUCACGCCCUCCGGCUGGACGUUCAUCAUCUGGGCCAUCAUCUACACCUGGAUGGCGGUGGCCAUCAUAUACGCGCUGUCGCAGCUGUGCCGCAGCUCCGACUCCGGCCCGGUCUACCUGAGCCCUGUGACGGUGCCGCUCCAGUUUUGGGUGCUCUUCAUCACCAACCAGGCGCUCAACAUCUCCUGGCUGUUCGUCUGGGACCGGGAGCUAAUGACGGCCGCCGCCGUCUUCCUGUUCCUCAUCGUCAUCACCAACUGGCUGGCCAUGUACAUCCUGCACUCCCGGCUGAUCCAGGACGGCGUGCCCGUGGAGCUGCCCCGCCCGGAACUGAUCGCUCUCCGGGUCACCAUGCAUAACGGGCUGGCCGUCUACACGACCUGGACCACGAUUGCGGCGCUGCUCAACCUCGACAUCGCCAUCGUAUACGUCGCCGGGGCGUCGAACGAGGUGGCCAGUCUGGUAAUCGCCUGCGUGCUGGGCGCCCUCAUCAUCCUCUGGCUGGUGCUGGAGCUCACCGUGCUAGACAAAUACACCCGGUGGACCAUAUCGCCUGGAUUCACCCUGGUGUGGGCGCUGUCCGGUGUGUUCGACAACAACUACUGGCGCGCGCCGGGCGCCGUGCCGGCCGUGCUCGGCGCCGUGCUGGGCGUGGCCUGCCUCUGCCUGCUGGUCCGGCUCGUCGUGCUCGUCGUCUACGUCGCCUGCCCGCCGGCCGGCCGGCGGAGCGGCAGUGUCGACAUCGCCGGCCGGCUGAACGGCGGCUUCAGCCAGUAGCCGCCGGACGCGCAGCCAGCGACGGACCGGGGUGGGGAGGGGUUGGAGGGACGUAGUGGUCGGACCCGGCCGGGACAAAUCACAGGGAGGAGGGAAGGGGAACACACUGGAGACGGACCACUGCAUAGAGUGGACCGGAGGGAGUUGAGAAACACUGCCCGAGACGCGGGUCAGCGAGCGGGCUAUGCACAGGGGGCGUCAGCGCCGGGUGGUGUGUAGCGCGCCAGGUGGCGCCGUGCCGUGCGAGGCAAAGUGCAGAUGGCGCCGUGAGGUGUGAAUAAGAGAGGCCAGUACGAGUUGGCCCACCAUCCGAGAGGGCGGGCUGGCAUGAGAUGCACUGGCGAUGCUACACUUCAUUGGAAUUUUCCUCAGAAAUUAUGCGAACAUGUUAUUUGCAUAGCAACGUAUGCUUUGAACGUUAUUCUUUUUGUUUCCGAGGAUAAAACGUUACCAGAGUCCAAGCUUGGGCUAGAACCAUCAAAUACUUUCCCUGUGAUACUGCGGUUUCAGCUUGAAGCCAAGAGCCCAUGAUCGCCUCGAAAUACCCCGUUGAAUGUAUGACUGGGAUCCUAUAUUUAGGGGGUGGGGGGAGAGGAUGUCCCUGCUGCCGAGCACUGUCCCCUCCCGAGCCCGGCGCACCUGUCGUGCCCCCGCUAUUGGUAAGUCUAAGUGUGCUUUCAUUUCAAUGCUCGCGUCCGUGGUUCAUCCCUUGAAAUAAAUGUUGAGCGUUUACUUAUAUUGUGUGGGCUACUGCCUUUUGUAUGUAAACCUGCGGAGGCAUCGUGCCUCUAUGGAUCUGUAAGACUACUAGUAUGUAUAUAUCUUAUACGAAGAGCCACUCUUUGCCCGAACAGAGGCCUCUUGCACCAAAAUCCUCUUGCACCAAUGCUUGAAUUAUUUUGCAUCGUAUACCCAAUCCAAGACUCAAAUGUGACAAUUUGCGUGUAAAAUUUACCAAGCACCUGUAGGAUUAUAUAUUGGGCUAUUGCAAACAAAUUUACCACCGUUUGAUUAGCUUAUUCUGAAACCGGUUUUUCGAUUUUACCUAGCUACAGGUAGUUUGGUGCAAGAGGGCUCAGUUCUGCCACAGUUGCGAAUGUGUAUUGCCGAUGCUGCACAAAUCAAUACACGUCAUGCGGUUUGUCGAAA